CUCACAGGCUCCUCUGUGCUCGGCUUUGAGUUGUGGAGAAGCUGCUUUGGCCACAGGGGCUCCCAUGGCUCAGCUGCCCAACGACUCCUGGCACAACAACUCCGCCCUGAUCUUCACGGGGCUGGACCUGCUGCUGGAGCUGAAGCCGCUCUUCAUCCCGCUCUACGCCACGCUGGUGACGGUGGCGUGCGUGGGGAACCUCUUCCUCAUCCUCCUCAUCGCCCUCACCAAGAAGCUGCACUGCACCACCAACUUCCUGAUCGGCAACCUGGCGGUGGCCGACUUCGUCAUGUGCCUGGCCUGCGUCCCCCUGACGGCCUCCUACGCCUUCGAGGAGCGGGGCUGGCUCUUCGGCGUCUUCAUGUGCCACUUCGUCGCCCUGCUGCAGGCCGCCACCGUCUUCGUGUCGGUGCUGUCGCUCACGGCCAUCGCCAUCGACCGCUACGUGGUGGUGGCGUACCCGAUCCGCCGCCGCCUGGGCCGCCGGGCCUGCCUGGGCCUGGUGGCCGCCAUCUGGCUGCUGUCCCUGGCCGCCUCGCUGCCCACCUCGCUGCACACCCACUACCUGGACCUCAACGCCAUCGGCCACGACAUGAUCAUCUGCGAGGAGUUCUGGAGGCACGAGGAGCGGGAGCGGCUGCUCUACUCGUGCCUGAUGCUGCUGCUGUCCUACAUGCUGCCGCUGCUGGCCGUGUCCGUGUCCUUCUGCGCCAUCGCCCACCGCCUGCGCAGGCGGAGCGUGCCGGGCGCGGCCCCUCACUGCCGGCGCCGCUGGGCCAGGACCAAGCACAAAACCUUCCGCCUGCUCACCGUCUCCGUGGUCUGCUUCGCCGUCUGCUGGCUGCCCCUGCAGGUGGUCAACUUCAUCCGGGACAUCGACGAGGAGUUCACCAUCCUGGACAAGAGGUACGUCAACGUCAUCCAGGUCUCGUGCCACCUGGUUGCCAUGAGCUCCGCCUGCUACAACCCCUUCAUCUACGCCUCCCUCCACGACAAGUUCUGGCUCCACCUCAGCAGCUGCUUCUACCGCAAGAAGCGGAGCUCCGGGACCACGUCCUGCAAGGCUUCCCGCUUCAACACCUGCUCCACCCUGGCAGAUGCUGCCGCCGGGGCCUCGGACAAGAUAGCUCUGCAGUCCAGGUUACCUUAGCCAGAGCACCCCGAGGGGUUGGGUUUGCACGGCCCCGGAUCCCAAACCGUGCUGGGACACAUCCCUAAAUCCCGAAUCGCGGCUGGCUGUGGUGCUGCAUUUGGAGCACCAAGACUUCACCCCAUGGUGUAUGCAGGAGGCGCAUCAGUGUCUGAGCAAGGCGAACACCCAUCGUGUAAAAAACUCUUUGGAAGAGAGCACAUCUUCAUUUUGCAGGAUAUAGAUUGUUCCUAAGCAACAGGCAGCACUUUGUGCCACGGGAAGAGGUCGACCUGCACGGGGAGCCGUGAAAUUGCUGCGCAUUUAUCCCUUAAAAUUCACCUUACUGGUGAAGGGACAAUGCAGGCUCAGAGAAAUGCAUUCUGCAGGUGCAGAUGGGGACAUGUUUGGAAUGGGAAUGACUCUCAUAACCUGCUUGGCCUGCUGGAAAAGCUGCCCCUGUAACCAGGCAGGGCAUCCCAGUUUCUCCCAAGGUGCAGACGGGCACGUCCAUGAAGUCAUCGCUGCUCUUCAUGGCCAAGUAGGACUCCAAAGAUCUCAAGUGAUGAGUUUGCCGGGAAUGAUGUCUCAAAUUCUGCUCCUAGGGAAGUUUAGCUCAGUGUGUGUCCACGUUCAGGGUCCUGCAGCGGAGGUGGGAAUCCCAGUGCCAGGCUGUUCUAUCCCAGAAGCUGCCAGAUGAAGGCUGGGUUUGCUUGUCAGUUCUCCUCGGGGUCUGAGGUGCCUCUGUGGCCUCUCAGGCUGCUCUGUGCAAGCAGCACACACAGAAAGCAGCAUCUCCUUACACCCAAUUCCCGUAUAGGUUUUAACCUCUUGAUUUCCCAGGAGAAACCCUUGGGAACAGCCCACAGGCACCGGCAGUGCCACAGGCGCCACAGCUCAGGGCCAUGGCAGCU